AAAAUUAAACCAAUUUCAACAGGUCCCGCUGUGUUCGCCAUUCACUCUCUCUGGUCUCUACCCUCUUCCCUUCCUGCGCCAAACUCACACGACACCAACAUUCGCCUAUCGAUUAGAUUAACCACGAUGAUGCGUUUUGGUCGGUGAAGUGCGCGUGGCGACGGUGUUCCCAAGCGAGGCAUGGCAAAAGUGGCAAAAUCAAGUUCCGUGCCUCCGAGCUCUCAUCGACUUGGCUCAGGGGCUUUGAAAAGUGGAUCCAUGGCUAAAAAGAAGACACCUUCGGAACUUAGGGGAGAGCUGUUGAAGCGGGCAAGUGUUGUGGACCUUACUGAUGAAUCACCAUGCCCCUCCUUGGCUGAGCCUACAAAGAUCACAGAGGUGGACAAUGGACAUAACAAAAAAGGAUUGUGGAGGGCCCCUAGAUACACUGACACACGAGUUGAUGAAGUAUUUACUGCCAAAAAGUCCAGGUUUAAAAUUGCAUCUGGAAAGGAAAAUGCAAAGGAAAAUCCAUCUUUGGGACAAACUAGUAAUCUGAAGAAUCUUUCAGUUUUUUCGACUUUGGAGGCCAAGAGACAGCAAGGAAAUUCAUGCUUGGAAAAUUCUGUUUCUUCAGCUGAGGUUAGCAAAAAUGAUGUAUUACGAUCUUGUCAAACAGUUGAAAAGUGCAGCCAAGGAACAUUUCUUAGUGUUGCGGAGCUUUCAUCAGCUGCUGAUGCAUCUUGUGACUUGGCUACUGUUGACAUGGGCAAAGCUUUAAAAGGACUAGUUGCAUUCGAACCACAUGAGGCUAAUGACAUUGCUGCUGAUUCGGCUGAAGGACACACAGAUUUGCCAACUGUUGCAGGAAACUUCUUAUCUGAAUGCCAUCUACCUGGCCAGAAAAUCCCUUUGGAUCUUACUCUAAAAUCAAGCCAGCCCAAUAUAAAAAGUUACAAAAAGUGGAACGGUGCUGUAACGGCGUGA